AGGAGAUAAGGAUGGCCGAGGCGUCCCGUUCAUCGGGCGCUCGGCUGGAGAGUGUUCCUUCCCAGACCCUGCAGCUGCAUAUCCGCCCCUUCUUCUCCCCCGCCGACUGCUCCGCCAUCCGGCGGUCAUGCCGCCUCGGCAGAGAUCUCAUCACCCGAGCCUUCAUGCGUCGCCGCAUCACCCGGUUCCUCGAGAACAAGCAGCUGCUCCGCCUUUUUGCCGUUGAUGAGCCCACGCAGGAGGGCGGGAUGCACCCGAUGGCCUAUUUGCUGGGCUUGAUGUACGUGUUGGAGAUGGCUGCCGCGGCGGAAUGGCAGCUGUGGGAGGCCUGGCUGCGGACCAUGCGCCACAUCGGCGGCCUCACCGACACCCUGCCCAUCCGCAUCACCGCGGCCGACGUGCGGCAGGUGGCCUCCAAGGCUGCGUUCGACCGACAGCCGGCCAGCCUUAAGCAACUGAUGCUGUUCGGCCACAAGCUGCGGGGCCGUGACGGCAACCCCAUGGCCGUCACGCCCCUCGACCAGCAGCGUCACGGCCGGGUGGGCGGGGCCGGCAUCACGGUCUGCACGAAAGAGGAUCUGCCGGCCGACCAUCCUUUCCGUGCAUCGUACAAGUUGGAGGACCCUGUGUGCCGCGGUGAGGGCAGAGGGAGAGCCGAAAGAGGGACAGAUGGAUGGAUGGAUGGAUGGAUGGAUGGAUGCCCUGUGUGUGUUGUGUGGUGGAUGCAGUGGCUGGGUUGACGUACUCGUCCGUUAUGGACGCCGUGGUUUGCUGGUAUGCUCACUCGCAGACAGACAGGCAGACAGGCAGAUCCAUAGCGCUUGUGUGUCCACUCUGUGUGUGUGUGUGUGUGUGUGCGUCGCAGGAUGUUGCCCGAGGGCGAGACCGCCAAGGUGCACCGAGUGACCCGAAACACCAUCCGGCAGCAACAGGCCGCGGGCAUCGCGCGUGUGUCGAAGAGAGGAGAGGAGAGGAGGUGAGAGGCCAUACAUGAACGAGCUCAUCACCCAGGCCCCGCCCGUGUAUGGCACACACACGGUGGCCUCCUACAUCGACCGCAACAACAGGCGCAGCCGCGUCAUCUUCCUCAACGGCGGGGCGGAGAGCGACCCCUUCGCCAGCUACCUGCGCGUGACGCGGCGCCCCAACCACGCCAUCAUCGAACUCAUGACGACCGAGGAGCCAGUGGCGACCAACAACAACAACACCAACAACAGCAACGACACGGCGGGCAAUGUGGGGGGGGCGUAGGCCACGCCAUCACGGGCUAG